AUGCAACGAAAGUUGAAAUAUAUAUUUGCUCCAAUUAUGGAUGAACAAAACGUAUUAUUAUCAACAGAAGUAGAAUUAUUUGCUGAAGCAUUAGAAACAUUUGAAAUAACUGACAUUGCUUCAGCCAGAUGGCAUACACAACAUGAACAUAUAGAAAAAUUAAAUAUGCAGGCGAUAUUAAAUGCAACCAGAAAUGAAGAGGAAUACGUUAAAGAAGCCAUAAUACAAUGUGAAAAAUUACCUGUUCUUGUGUCACAAUUAAUUACAACAGAAAUUUGGCGUCAACAAAUUUUCAAUGAAUUGAUAAGAAUGAAAUUUGAUGCUAAAAUUACAUUUUCUAUUUAUUUUUAUCACGAAGCAUGUAUUAUUAAUCUUUUGGAAACAUUAAUGUUUCAUGAAGAGAUUUGUACAUCAUUUGACGAUUAUUUAUUAGAUUUAAUUGAUUAUAGUUACCGAAUAUUAGUUGAAAUGAUACAUCGUUUACAGCAAAAAGAAUUACGUCAUCAUCAAUCAAAAUCAUCAUCUAAAAACAAUCAAAUGGAUGAUCGUUCAGUUACGUCAGAAAGUAUGAAGGAACUUGUUUCACAAGAAGAAAGUUUAAGAUUUGAUAUGGCAAUGAAAAUAUUGAGUAUCGUUCGAUAUGUUUCCGAUUGUCUACCAAAACUACCAAUUAGUGUUACAUCCCGAUUAUUAGAUAAUUUUGAUUUUGUUCUUUUAUUAGUUGAGGUUAUGGAAUUAAAACCAUGGGAAAAAAUGCAAACCGAUGGUUCGUUUCAACGAUAUAUUGAGGGAAAAUGGCAAAAUAUAAAAACAGAAGAUCGUUUUAUUAUUAAUAAAACAGAAGGACAGGUAUGGUUGGCUCUUUAUCAAUUAUUAUUGAGUCCACAUUGUGUACAGAAAUACGAAUACACUGAAUACAAGAAAAAUCGUAUAACAAAGUUACGGUCAUAUAUGAAUGAUGUUAUUCUUGAUCAAAUGCCUAAUUUAAUCGAUCUACAACGAUUUUUAGAACAACUUAGUUUUAUGGAACCACCAUUAGUUAAAAAACAGCUUGUAAUAGAACAGGUAACUGUAUUAUAUGAACGAAUAAUUAAUAAAUAUAAAGGUAGAUGGCAUGAAAUAGCUGAAAAACAAGCAAACACUGUACUUAAUCCAGAUGAUACUGAAGCACGAAAACAAGCACUCAGAUGGGCUGACACAAUGAAUUUCGAUAUAUUAGAAUCGUUUAUAAAUGAGUCACCUAAAUGUGCAAUUUGUGGUCAUCCAGCAACAAAACGUUGUUCAAGAUGUCAACGAGAAUGGUAUUGUAGACGGGAAUGUCAAGUGCAACAUUGGCCCAAACAUAAACCAAUUUGUGAGAUGUUACAUGAACUGUCGAAGAAUCAAUCUUCCGAAUCUGAAUCUACCAUUGUCUCUUAG